AUGCACGUUGAUUUGGUUGCCCUUCUGCCACCGUCUGGAGGUUUCACAUACCUCUUGACGUACGUCGACCGUUUUUUGCGCUGGUCGAAGGCCAUUCCCCUUCCAAACUGCACUGUCGAAUCCGCUGCUAAGGCCCUUUUAGAGCGUUGGGUCGCCACUAACGGAUGGCCAGUCACCUUGACUACCGAUAAGGGAUCUCAUUUCGAAGAGGCGUUCAAAGGCUCUACUCAAUAUACUGGGUUGCAUUCACGCCUGGACCGCACACGAGUCGGUCAAACGGUUCCAUCGUGA